UUCUCUUUAAGUUUUUUCUCAGAGUGAAGUAGAUGCAUCUCUCUCUCUUCACCGUAAUUUUUUCUCCCAUUAUUGUUUAACAAAGCAAUCAAAUUGGAUUGGACUCAGCCAUUUGUAAUGCAUCCGAAGUCAAACUCCUAACUGUUUGUAUGGUAUUUGGUCUACUGGUGUGAACAUUUGCUUGAGUUUGAGAAACCCAUACUCGAAAGUGUUAUUAGACCCAACCUCAAACCUUCUGUAUCGUAAGGUAUUUCCAAACCCAAAAUUCGACCUGAAAGAACUAAACUUGGUGGGUUCUAAAUGAAAAAAUCUGCUCGAUUAGGCUGCAAAUUAUCUUCACAUAAAGGGCCUGUUGGAUAUGACGUGGAGAAGGCAGCUAGCAUGAUUUGGGGGAGGACUCCGGAGCAGAUAGAUUGAGGAGGUUUUCAAUAUCAAGAACUUCCAGUGAGUUUUAAUCUAAGAGGGUAUAUUUGAGCAGCUUCUCUCAUUUCUCAUGGAUGAAGCUGAGGUGAAGUCGAAGAAGGGGCCUGGCAGGCUUUGCUCCAUCUGCAAUCAGAGGAGGCCUGCCCUCAAACGACCUAAAACUCUGGAACAGAUAUGCAAGGAAUGUUUCUACGCUGUCUUUGAGGAGGAGAUCCACCGGGUUAUUGUGGACAACCAACUUUUCAAGCCUGGAGAACGUAUUGCCAUCGGAGCUUCUGGCGGUAAAGAUUCCACUGUUCUUGCUUAUGUGUUGACAGAAUUGAAUCGUCGGCACAAUUAUGGACUGGAUCUCUUCCUGUUAUCCGUGGAUGAAGGGAUUACAGGGUACAGGGAUGACUCACUGGAGACUGUUAAAAGAAAUGAAGUUCAGUAUGGCCUACCACUGAAAGUUGUCUCAUACAAGGAUCUGUAUGGAUGGACGAUGGACGAAAUAGUGAAGAUGAUAGGCUUAAAAAACAAUUGUACAUUUUGUGGGGUCUUUCGUCGUCAGGCCCUUGAUCGAGGUGCUGCACUGCUAAAAGUGGACAAGGUGGCUACUGGGCAUAAUGCUGAUGAUAUUGCUGAAACCAUUCUCUUAAACAUUUUACGAGGAGAUAUUGCAAGAUUGAGUAGAUGCACUUCAAUAACCACUGGUGAAGAUGGGCCAAUUCCAAGAUGCAAGCCUUUCAAGUAUACCUAUGAGAAGGAGAUCGUUAUGUAUGCAUAUUUCAAAAGGCUGGACUACUUCUCAACUGAAUGCAUUUAUUCCCCUAAUGCUUACCGUGGGUUUGCUCGAGAAUUUAUCAAGGAUUUAGAAAGAAUAAGACCGAGAGCUAUACUUGAUAUCAUCAAAUCAGGUGAAAAUUUUAGGAUUUCAACUACAACUAAAAUGCCAGAGCAGGGAACAUGUGAACGCUGUGGUUAUAUUUCCAGCCAGAAAUGGUGUAAAGCAUGUGUUUUGUUGGAGGGACUGAAUCGAGGUUUGCCAAAGCUAGGAAUUGGGCGUACCCGAGGGCUUAAUGGGCAUUUAGGCGUUGAAGAAACAACAAAAAUGAGCGUGCGGAGCAAACAAUGUGGAACAUUGGACUUCUAGGCUGUGUUGGUAUAUUCAUUUACAUAAUAGAUUCUGGGUCCAUGACAUAUUUUGAAACCCAGUCUUCUCUCUUCCAGAAUGCAUUCUAGAUCCAAAACCUAUUCUGAGAAUGUGUGCCAAACGCAGCCCUAAUGUUGGAUGUACGAGAUUCGAGAAAGUUCUGUGUCAUGCCCUCAUUCUCAAUGUGUCAUCUGAAGGAGUGUCAGUGGAGAUCAUUUAUAUUAUUUUCGUAAUUAAGAGGAAAUUUUAUACAUUCCUCUCCAGAAAAUUUAAGGUUUAUCUUGUAUACGUGCUUGUGUAUUUUAUUUUAUAACUUAUAUUUCAGGAGUUAAGGAAGCACAAAUGAUAUCAAAAGAAAAAUGUACAUGCCUAUUAUCAUGUUGAUCAAAACAUUAUGUCAAACGUAUCAGAAAAUAAAACCUUAUACGUGGAA